AUGUUUUCCCUUCUUGCCAAAGAUACUUCUGGUACCAUCAAUAAAGAAACAUUAGUAAUAAUUGAGUGUAAUUUACUUUCGCAAACAUCUAAACUUAUUUCUUUAAAUGUUGACGAUCACUUGGAAAAUAUUCGUAGUAAGCUUCUUAAGGAAGACAUUAUUAAUGAUGAAUCCUUUUUUUUAAAAAGGUAUUCCGAAGAUAAAUUUGCUGAAGUACUUCGUAACCAGGAACAAACCACUUCUUUAAAUGAUGUUAUAUACAAAAAUGGAAACAAUAUUUUAUAUGUAAGGUUAUACCCUGAUUUGAAGUUCUUUAAUAGAAAAUGCAAAUUAGAAUACGGGUGUAUAAAGUCCACUGAUGAAAUUAAAAAAGUGGAAAAAAAAGCGUUCACUAUCAAAGAUUGUGAAAUGAUUGAAACUGGCACUAAACAAUGUAUAAAAAAAGAGAUUAGUUAUAAUUCAAGUGAGGACAAAAUGUUGAAAACAAGUUUAUUUGCCAGUGGGGAUGCUAACAUUAAUAAAUUUGUAAAUUUAAAAUUAGGAAUUUCAUUUGAAAAAUCAAAGAGUUUGAAUUUAAAUUUAAAAGAAAAUGUUUCACAUAUCUGUGCAGAUUAUGGAAAAAUGAAUUUAAAAUUGGAUGAAUAUUUAGAACCGACUCCCGAAUUUGUUGAUGAAAUAAGGCGUGCUAUAACUUCAAAAGAUCCUCAAAAACUUGUUAGGAUAACAGAAGUUUAUGGGCAAUUUAUCCCAACAAGUAUUAUCUUAGGUGGAAGAGUCUAUUAUGAAAAUGUAGAGGUAUCAGCUGGACGGGUCACAGAGGAUAACAAAGAAAUUUCUGCAAAUGUUAAUGUAACUGGAUAUGCAAACAUAAAAGGCUCCUAUGCUCCCAAGUCUUCAGAAAAAAAAUCAAAUCGCAUGAAUCUUAAAUAUACCAAAAUAAUUGGAGGAAGUCCACCAGAAAGUCUUGAUAAUUUUAAUGAGAAAUCUUGGAUUAAAUCUCUUGAUGAAGACUUCAGAGCUUGGGAUGUAAUUGAAUAUCAAGAUACGAUCAGUAUUUUCCAACCUUUGCCAACUGAAUUGCGUGCACAAGUCAGAGAACUUGUUGGUAAAAAAGUAUUGUAUUCUGCAUAUAAAGGAAUAGAGUAUCUAUCAAAUGUUAAUCCUCUAAAAGUUGAAUUGAUGGAAGCUCCAUCAGAAAUAUUGAGUAUUAUAACAAACAAAGACGCAGAUUGCAAUAUUUUUGCAACUAUUUCUGAAAUGGAGCCAAAGAACAAAGAUGAAUUAUUUACGUACAGUGUUCUUCGUCAAACCAAUGAAGUUCCAAGUAUUUUAGUCAGUCAUAUUCAACAUAAUUCAAUGCGUCAAUCAUAUAAAUUAAAAAUUGGCUGGAUGGUAAUCGGAUAUCCAGAUUGUAUAUAUCUGGACGAUUACCAGUUAACCAACCUGAAAGUCAAAUUUGAAGAACAAGACAAGAACAGUCAUGAAACAAAAAAAUUGUUGAAUUAUAAAUAUGAUCCUUAUUCUAGCAAACUCCCUUUAUUGGGGGUACCUGUAAUAAGUAAAUUGAAUUUGCAAAAUGACUGUCUUGUAAUAGGACAUCACUUUCUAUAUAGUAAUGUGGAUAGUAAUAUCGAAGCGUAUGUAUAUUGUUAUAAUAUAAAAGAGAAACAAUACGUAGAGUUACCUCCUUUUACCUUUGACGUAUUAGCCAUUAGAAAUUUCGGCCAGCGCUUUAUAGAUUGUGGGGUAACUCCUCUCAUAAGAGCCUCAUAUUAUUACAGCUCACAUUAUUAUUACAUUCCCAAUCAUAAUUGCCAUUAUCCAAAGUUUAUAAGUCCAAUUUACGAUCAUAAUGAUGCAAUUGGGACAAUUUAUUUGAGACAAGUUGAUGGAUUGAUACAAGCUAAAUAUCCUCGCUGUAGUAAAAAGUGUCAAACUUGCAAAAAACCAAGUGUUGGUACAAUUAACUGUACGAUCUUCGAUCCAAGUUCAGAUAAAGGGCAAGAGCACUAUCGUGAAGUUAAUGCACGAAUUGAUUUAAAUUCUGCGCCACAAAUUCUAAUAAUGCUAGAAGAGCUGAAUUAUUUAGAAGAAUCAGGGUCUGCAGUUCCAACUAUUUUACACGAAUUACAUACUUUAAAGGAACCCCGACUUGUCAUCUUGUUAAUAAGUUUACUUCCGGUUUCCAAGAAACUAUUGAGUAGCUAA